UCGUCUAAUAUCCCGAAAUGGCGGCCAAGAAACCCGCUUAUGACCAUGAGCGACGCAAACAAAUAAGUAUUAGAGGGAUUGCACCGGUUGAAAAUGUUAGUAACAUCAAAAACUCUUUCAAUCGACAUCUGCAUUAUACUUUGGUUAAAGACCGUGAUGUGGCUACAUCAUGGGACUACUACGAAGCUUUAGCACAUGUAGUUCGAGAUCACUUAGUCGGCCGAUGGAUAAGAACACAACAACAUUACUUCCGAGAGGAUCCAAAGCGAGUGUAUUAUUUAUCGAUGGAGUUUUACAUGGGCAGAACGUUAAAUAACACAAUGGUCAACUUAGGCCUAGAAAACGCAUGCGAUGAAGCAAUGUAUCAGCUUGGGUUGGAUAUAGAAGAACUAGAGGAAGUAGAAGGUGAUGCUGGAUUAGGAAAUGGUGGACUUGGACGAUUGGCUGCUUGUUUUAUGGAUUCUCUAUCUACACUAGGAAUAGCUGCAUAUGGUUAUGGAAUCCGUUAUGAUUAUGGGAUCUUUGAACAAAAGAUAAACAAUGGAUGGCAAACAGAAGAGCCCGAUGAAUGGUUAAAGUUUGGAAAUCCAUGGGAACGUGCGAGGCCAGAAUAUGUACUUCCAGUCAAAUUCUACGGACGUGUUCAACCAACAGAUAAAGGCAGCAAAUGGGUUGAUACACAGCUUGUAUAUGCCAUGGCUUACGACACACCUAUUCCAGGGUUUAAUAAUAAUACUGUAAACACAAUGCGUCUUUGGUCCGCAAAAGCUCCAAAUAGCUUCAAUCUGCAAUUUUUCAACAGUGGAGAGUAUAUGCAAGCGGUGUGUGAUAGAAAUUUGGCCGAGAACAUAAGUAAAGUUUUGUAUCCAAACGACAAUAUGUUUGAAGGGAGAGAAUUAAGGUUGAAACAAGAAUAUUUCCUCGUCUCAGCAUCCUUGCAGGAUAUUAUUCGACGGUACAAACACACAAAAGCGAGGCGUGAAAGAGAUAACUUUGAAUGUUUUGCGGAUAAAGCUGCUAUCCAGUUGAACGAUACACACCCAUCGUUGGUUAUUCCAGAAUUAAUGCGGCUUCUUGUUGAUGAAGAAGGUCUUGCAUGGAACAAAGCUUGGGAUAUCGUUGUGAGAACAUGUGCCUACACAAACCAUACACUCCUUCCAGAAGCUCUUGAACGUUGGUCGGUGGCUUUAAUAGAGAAAUUACUUCCACGUCAUUUGCAGAUUAUUUUUGCUAUCAAUCACCUUUUCUUAGAACGAGUUGAACUCCGUUGGCCUGGUGAUAUGGAAAGGGUUAGGAGAAUGUCUAUGGUCGAAGAAGACGACGAGAAAAGAAUUAAUAUGGCAUUUUUAUCAAUUGUUGGAACGCACGCAACAAACGGUGUUGCUCGCAUCCAUUCUGAACUUCUGAAAACCAGUGUUUUUCGUGAUUUUUAUGAGAUGUUUCCAGAACGAUUUCAGAAUAAAACGAAUGGAAUAACCCCUCGUCGCUGGCUGCUGAUGUGUAACCCUGGACUCUCAGAGCUGUUAUCUACAAAGUUAGACAGUGACUGGGCCACUAAUUUAGACAAACUACAGCAGUUACAAAAGUAUAGCAACGAUGAAAAAUUUCUGCAUGAUCUUAUGAUUAUUAAAUUAUACAAUAAAACAAAACUGGCAACUUACCUGAAGGCAACGUGUAAUAUUGUGGUAAACGUAUCCACCAUGUUUGAUAUUCAAGUAAAAAGAAUUCAUGAGUACAAGCGUCAGCUGUUAAAUUGUCUUCAUAUAAUAACUAUGUACAACAGAUUAAAGCGCAAUGAGACAGAGGGCUUUGUCCCAAGAACUGUAAUGAUUGGCGGGAAAGCUGCCCCAGGUUAUCAUAUUGCUAAGUUAAUAAUCAAACUAGUCAACAAUAUAGCAAAUGUUGUGAAUAAUGAUCCACAAACGAACGAGCGAUUGCAGGUUGUAUUCCUUGAAAACUACCGUGUAUCACUGGCUGAAAAGGUGGUACCCGCUGCAGACCUUAGUGAGCAGAUUUCGACGGCUGGAACUGAGGCUUCUGGGACAGGAAAUAUGAAAUUCAUGCUGAAUGGUGCUAUGACUAUUGGAACUCUUGAUGGGGCAAACGUAGAAAUGAGAGAAGAAGUAGGAGAGGAUAAUUUCUUUCUUUUCGGGAUGACAGUGGGUGAAGUGGAAAAGAUAAAGAAGGAAGGAUACUACUCUAAAAUGUAUUAUGACCAAAAUGCAGAGCUCAAAGAAGCUCUUGAUCAGAUCAACGAUGGCACAUUUUCUCCAGAGGACACUGGUUUGUUUAGAGAUCUUUUCAACAGCUUGGUGUUUGAUGACAGGUUUUGUCUGCUGAAAGACUACCAGUCUUACAUUGAAUGUCAACAGCGUGUAAAUGACCUCUACCUGCAGCCAGUACAGUGGGCCCGCAAAUGUCUGCUGAAUAUAGCUGCUUCAGGAAAAUUCUCCAGCGAUAGGACCAUCGUAGAAUAUGCCAGAGAUAUAUGGGAUGUAGAUCCUAGCGGACUAAAACUACCUGCACCUCACGAAAAUCCAGGAACUGAACUAUAGUUUUUUUCUAAUUGUCAGUUAAAGCAUGAUAUAAAAGAAAACAACUUA